GCCACCAUCUGCUCAUCAGCUUCUAGCAAGCUAGGCACGACGACGUACGGAAGCGAUGCCGCCUUGUGAGGAAGAGGAAGUGCCUCGUUCCGGCCCGGCACUCAUCGUGGGCGCCACCGGCUACAUUGGUCGUUUCGUGGCGGAGGCCUGCCUCGACAGCGGGCGCAGGACCUUCAUCCUCGUCCGCCCCGGCAACGCCUGCCCCGCCCGCGCGGCCUCCGUCGACGCGCUCCUACGCAAAGGCGCCUUGGUCGUCGAGGGCCGCGUCGACGGGAAAGACGGCGGGAGGUCCGUGGAGACGGCGCUCCGCGCGCACGGCGUCGAGGUGGUGAUCUCGGUGAUGGGCGGCGCCAACAUCCUCGACCAGCUCGGCCUCAUCAAAGCCAUCCAAGCCGCCGGCACCGUCAAGAGGUUUCUGCCGUCGGAGUUCGGGCACGACGUGGACAGGGCGCGCCCGGUGGGGGGCGGGGUGGGGUUCUACGAGGAGAAGCGGCGCGUCCGGCGGGCGGCGGAGGCGGCCGGCGUGCCCUACACCUACAUCUGCUGCAACUCCAUCGCCGGCUGGCCAUACUUCGACAACAUGCACCCGUCCGAGGUGCGCCCGCCGCUCGACCGCUUCCAGAUCUACGGCGAUGGCACCGUCAGAGCGUUCUUCGUGGCUGGAACUGACAUUGGCAAGUUCACGGUCAAGGCCGCGUAUGACGCCCGGAGUAUCAACAAGGUCGUCCACUUCCGCCCCGCCUGCAAUCUCCUCAGCACCAACGAGAUGGCCUGCCUCUGGGAGAGCAAGAUCGGCCGGACACUGCCGCGCGUCACGCUUAGCAAGGAGGACUUGCUCGCCAUGGCUGCAGAGGACGUCAUCCCGGAGAGCAUCGUCGCUUCGCUGACGCACGACAUCUUUAUAAACGGCUGCCAGACCAACUUCGGCAUCGACGGGUCGAGAGACGUUGAAGUAUCGAGCCUUUACCCUGACAUUCCCUUCAGAACAAUUGACGAAUGCUUCGACGACUACGCUCAUGGCCUCCACCUGGAGGAAGAAGCUGAAGAGAGCAGCAAGAAAAGCAACGCGACGUUGGUGGAGAGAUUGGCAGUUUAUCCUACGUGUGCUUAGAUCAGAUCGACAAGAGUGCAACCCGGCAACGUUUGUCUCGCUUUGUUUUUCUAGUUUGAGGCCUGUUUGC